GGUACAAAUUCUUUUAUAUCAAUCUAAUCUCAGCCGCCGUAUUUGAUCCAACAGUUUUAAAACGCAGUGCAGGAGAUAUUUUGCGUAAAGGCGUCGCUCUUCCCCGUUUGAGUUUGCCACUCUGUUCUCCCUCCACUUCCUCCAAAAAUGGAACCCCAACCCACUCCCUGCAAAUCAGACCACCACCACCACCACCAACACUCCAAAUCCCUAGAAUCUCCACCAUCUUCCACCGCCACCUCCAUUUCCACCCCAACCUGCUGCAAAUGCGGAGCCCCAACCCCCAUGGCCGCACCCCCACCCUCCUUCUCCGACAUCUCCCCUCCCCCAAACUACCGCCCAAUCCGAGCUCCCGCCAUCAACUUCCCUCCAAACCCUAACUCCCAACAGGCCAUCAUCCUCGCCCCUGUCCCUCAGUCCCUCUCUGUCCCCCAAAUCUCCCCUCCCUACCACUUCCAAUCCCCCUCCAAAGUCAUCCAGUCCCCCGACGAUCUCCGCCGCUUCCACGACUAUUUCUCCGGCAAACACUUCGUCGGAUUCAUCGCCGCCCUCUCCGAGUCCAUCCGCGCCAAGAAAAUCUCCGACCCUUGUCACCAAUCAGACGUCGUCAACACCAUCGUCUCCAUUCUCGAAACCCUAAUUCAAUGGGUCGACGAAAUCCCACCCACCCAGCAAGCCGCCCGAUAUGGCAACGUUUCAUUCCGCUCCUGGCACGAGCGGUUGUCCGAAUCCAGCCACUCCCUCAUGCUGCAGUUCCUCCCUGAGCAUCUCCACCCUUCUACGAUCGAGAUCGUCCCGUAUUUCACUGAUAGCUUCGGGAACCCGAGUCGAAUCGAUUAUGGUACUGGGCAUGAGACCAACUUCGCUGCUUGGCUUUACUGUCUGGCGAGAAUGGGGGUGAUUAAAGAAGAAGAUUAUCCGGCUGUCGUGGCUCGAGUUUUUGUCAAGUACUUGGAUUUGAUGAGGAAGCUGCAGUUGGUGUAUUGCUUGGAGCCGGCGGGGUCUCACGGCGUUUGGGGCCUCGAUGACUACCAUUUCCUACCGUUUAUUUUCGGGGCGUCGCAGUUGAUCGGGCAUAAGUAUAUGAAGCCUAAGUCAAUUCACAAUGAUGAUAUCGUGGAGAAUUUUUCGAAAGAGUAUUUGUAUCUUUCGUGCGUUAAGUUUGUGAAGAAGGUGAAGAAGGGUCCAUUUUCGGAGCACUCACCGUUGUUGGAUGAUAUCAGCGGAGUGCCUAAUUGGAACAAAGUGAAUAGUGGGUUGCUUAAGAUGUAUAAGGCUGAGGUGUUGGGCAAGGUUCCGAUUAUGCAGCAUUUUCUGUUUGGCUGGCUCAUCAAGUGGGAGUAGAAAUGUCGUGUGAGAUCUACCGACGCGAGGCAUCUGUUGUAGAAGAAAGAACUUACAGGUUUAUAACCCAUUAUAAGGUCAACAGGUUACUAGAUUGGAAACGUAUACUUGUCGUUUUUUUUUUUUUUUCCUUACUUGUUUUUGUUCUUUCUAUGGUUACUGAAUAUGCAGUCUCUUGGUGUUAUGUUA